AUCAGUUUCAUGACCUUCGCAAACUGAAAUUGAGUUUCAGAUGUUGGAGAUUGUACGUUUUUAUGUCACGACGUAUUUGAAUUACAGCGAUGCGGAGUAAUAAUUGCGAGUUUAUCCAUCUGAAGUUGACUGAGAGUCUUCUGUGCUGUCUGGAAAAUGUGAAACAAAAGGGUGGUAAAAUCGCACUUAUUUGUGAACCCCAACAAAAUCCGAGGAUUGUAGUUACUAUAUCAGGAUCAGAUUCUGUUUUCGAACUGGAGCCUGAUCAUGGUACGGUAUAUUUCUCGCUCGUCAAUGUUAGAAAAUCAGUUGGAAAAUAUCUACAAAAUAUCCAGUAUAGAUAUCGAACUAAAGCAACGGAUGACAGCUUCGUCAAAGCACGUGAAAAUCUUGUCAAGGAAGUGGAAAACAGUCGCCAACAAAAAAUUAAGGCUCUUGACUAUCAGUUGAAAUCGGCUAUGUUAAUUAAAGAUGAACGUAAUACAAAGGCUAAAAAAAAUUUGAAAAGGAAUUCACUUCCUGGGCCUCCGUCGAAGAUGGCGAAAAUCUCGAUUGCUAACAAUAAAACGAGAAACUCGGAUAUUCUACCUAACAAUUUUCCGAACUUACCUUCCGAACAAAAGAAUGUUCAAGGUCUCGGGAAUUCAUCUAAUACUUCAUCUAAAUCCAUACAUAAUCCUCUUGGAAAUAUGAAAACAAAGGUUUCUGGUAAAAGUAAUAAACGAGAGAUGACACAUACUUCAGCAAUGACUGAAGACUCGAUAAGUGAAAUUGAGAAAACUAUUCACAAUAAAUGUUUGUCAGCUAUACAAAGGAGGAAAGUAUUGGAACAACGCCUACGUGAAGCAUAUGCAAAUACCGACGAGUUUGUACGUACCAAAGAAAUUGAGAAAAUUAAAAUGGACCUAUGCAGCCUCGUUGAUGAUUUGUACACGGAUGAAUUGUUGAGAAAAUGGAUACCUAUGUCUAUUGGAUCUGCAUAGUUCUACUGUGAUAUGUUUGUUAUUUUCCGUAUGUAUAUUUUCUCUUAAAAAAAAACUAUGAAAUUUGUACAUAUAUACAUAUAUCUGUAUACAUUUUUGUAUUUAAUGUAAAUAAAUGCACACUAUACCAAG